GCUACAGCAGAGAAUCGGACAAGGAGGGAAGAGAGAGAUUGGUGAGGGGGAGAGAGAGAGAAAGAGAGAGAGAGAGACAAAGGAAGUGAGUGCAAGAGGAGCCGGCUUAGCAUCUAAACUAUCUCUGGUGAGUGUUCCCCCAGCCUGGCAUAGGGCAUGCCCCAGUUCACUUUCGCCUGCUUCUGUGGUCUCCACGGCUUCUGCAAAAUGAAGAGGAAGAAGGAGGAAGUUCACAGAGAGCGGGAGACGGCGGUGUGAUCAGAACCAGGGCCCCUCCAUCAAGCCCCCAGCAGGUCCCAGGCCUGAUGGUGCCCGCUUCUGGCUGGGCCUUGGAGCAGGAAGCCGUGUGUGUAUCUUAAGUCUUGAUUUAGCCAGUGCUCUUCUCAGCCUGACUCUCACCCGAGGGCAUCAGCCUCCUGUGUGCCUCUCAUCCUCAUGCCCACACCCAUUAGCUUCCAAUUCUCAGACCUCCUUGGAGAGAGGCCCCAGCCACACAAGGGGGAACCCCAGGACCUGCCGCAUGCCUUCCAGAGACUGAGAAGCCCCAGGGAGGCCAAGGAGCGAAACUUCUUUCCUGCCCUGAGAGCUUCGGGGGACUCUUUUCAGGGAUUCUACCAUCAGAAAAGAGGCCAAACUUCUAUCACCAUGGUGGAUGUGAAGUGUCUGAGUGACUGUAAAUUGCAGAACCAACUUGAGAAGCUUGGAUUUUCACCUGGCCCAAUACUACCUUCCACCAGAAAGUUGUAUGAAAAAAAGUUAGUACAAUUGUUGGUCUCACCUCCCUGUGCACCACCUGUGAUGAAUGGACCCAGAGAGCUGGACAGAGCUCAGGACAGUGAUGACAGCAAAGAGCUUAAUAUCAUUUUGCAAGGAAACAUCAUACUCUCAACAGAAAAAAGCAAGAAACUCAAAAACUGGCCUGAGGCUUCCACCAUUAAACCCAAAGCUGUAGAUAUCUAUUGCUUGGAUUAUAAGCCUUCCAAGGGAAGAAGGUGGGCUGCAAGAGCACCAAGCACCAGAAUCACAUAUGUGACUAUCACCAAAGAGAGAGACUACUGCGUGGAAGACCAGACUAUUGAGAGCUGGAGAGAAGAAGGUUUCCCAGUGGGCUUGAAGCUUGCUGUGCUUGGUAUUUUCAUCAUUGUGGUGUUUGUCUACCUGACCGUGGAAAAUAAGUCGCCGUUUGGUUAAGUAAUUUAGGAGCAAAGCAAUGCUCCAAGUGAGGCCUCCUGCUUCAGGAAAGAACCAAAACACUACCCUGAAGGGCCAGCCUAGCCUGCAGCCCUCCCUCGCAGGGAGCCUUCCCUUGCACUG